GCGCCGCCAGGUACGCUCUCUUUCUUGCUUGCUCCAGUUUGCUGCGAGCGUGUGAUCGGAGCGGGACGGAGAGGAUAUGCGUGCGGGAUUUUUUUUUGCGACGUCUUUGAAACCAGUGGAAAUCGACGGCAAGCGUCACGAACUCACGAGCUGCAAUGUUCAGUCUCUCCGUUCCGUAGCAAUCCAAGUUAUAUGAAGCGAAGUGCCAGCGAACGGAUACGGCUCGUGCCAGAUCGAAACGUCCACACCAAAAACAAAAACCGUCGGCGACAGUGUGCGGCGUUGUAUGCGUCAGUCCAGGAGAACGAUCGGAAAUGCUGCGGUCUCCGAGGAUACCGUCCAGUUUGAGCGACAACCGGUGACGACGGUUUCGGCGAGAUCUGCCCAGCCCGUCUCCGAAGCCACCGAUCGCAACCUCGGAAUACGAGCGUAACACAAAAAAAGGCUGGCUGGGCAGGGCACAUGUGGUGGCAGCCUGAGCAACCAUGCAGGGGACACAUCAUGUGGCCGGCUUAGCUGACGACGUCAAUGGGUCCUACAAAUGUGCUCACAGCCUGGGCCAUCCUCCUGGUAUCCGUGGGCCGCCCCGGCACGGUCGCACAGCAGCCGGACCAGCCCGGCGGGGAGGGGGCGCCGGUGGUGGUGGUCACGGGCCCCAUCGUGCGGGUCUGGGAGCCCACGCGCGGUGGGGCCCCGAGCACCGUGGGCCUUCCCACGCCGCACCACGCCUAUGAGGAGGAGGAGGAGGAGCGCGAGAGGCCACCCCCCGUGUUUGUGCGGGCCCAGCCCGUGCCCCUGAGCGAGCCCCAGGGCACGGGAUGGGUGCCCAUGCUCCCCGGAGGAGGCAGCUGGCUUUCGCAGCCCCACCCGCCCCGGUACCCUCCUCCCACGAGCGUCGGCCCCUCGACGUUUGUAUUUCCGGCAAGUCGGCCCGCCUACCCACCGGCCCCGCAGCAGAACGUUCCACCAAACUCCGUCGGAGCCUUCGCACGCGCAAGGUGGAGGGGCGGAGAUCCCGCUCCGUACCCGCCCCCAAACGCGAUCCCCCCCGCCACCGACGGAGCGACGCGCCACCUCGCGGAUGCAACGCCUGCCCAGAAAGCGCCUUCCGACACCAACCGGAAUGACGUCCGUCUGCAGACGCCCGGCCCAUUUCCGAGCACGGAACCGACUCAGAUUCGUGGAACCACGGAUCCGACAGUUUCGUUCGACCCCACAACGCCCGCGGACCACUAUGCGGUGUCGCCGGCAGCGACGACGCACGGUGCGGCACCAAACAGCUCCAGUCCGCUGAGAGUGCCAGACGACGUGUUGGAACAGCGCAACUCGCGACACGGAGACGCGACGGUGGGCGCGACAGUGGGGGAAGGGGUGACGGCGACGCCCAACGAGACUGCGACGCCGAAGGUGACGAGGACCGAGAUGCCCGGCAUCGAGUCGCCCGGUUACGUGUUGUCGGGUGGCGCUGUCACCGGGAUUGUGAUUGGAGCUGUCUCGCUGCUGGCGCUUUUGGCAGGUGCGGCGACAUAUGCAUUCCUGCGGCACCCGUCCCUGAGGCUCCUCGGGGGGCGGGACAAGUCGUCCAGCGAGAACGUGGCCUACAUCGACGACUCGGUUCGCAGCGGCUACAUGAACGCCCACAUCGAGCUGCCCAAGGAAAACUCCGAAGAGAUGACUUCCCUGGACAACGAUUCAUUCCUCAACAGCCUCGAAGCAGUGACCAUACAGAACUACUGGGCCGACGCAACCAAAAACACCAACGUCUGAGGGACCAUUACGGGCUACGGAGGGUACAGUUAUACGACAAGCUUCACGGGCCGCGACGAACGCGAUGCUCCGACGUGCACCUCGAAUUCAUGGAGUGACUCGUCAUGGGAGUGCAGACUUUUGAACAGUUGUGUUUGACUAUUCCGGCCGGUUGGUCUGGUUUUUCUGGGCGAAACAAUUACUUUGUUCGGUCGCGGCAAGCCGAUGCUCAAAUUUCUCCGCGGUUAAAGCGGGGCCAAGUUCUCCGACCUUCAUCGAACGAAACGCUAGACUACAGUCUUCGUCAAAAUUAUGCUUGAAGCUGAUUAGAAUACAAUACUUUUGAAACUGUGCGACGAAACAACCAUUACGCGUGGCACUCCAUGUCUAGUAUAUAUCAAACUGCCCAGUCAGUGCAGAUGUAGUUUAUAUACGGAAAAAUGUACAAUUAUCGCAAGGACUACAAACACUAGAUGUAUGCAACGAAACUCUUUGAGCAAUCAACCUCGUUUUUCAGGUACCUCUCUGCUCUGGAAGUGGUAAACCAAUAGAUGUAACCCCAUCGUGAGACGAGGAACGGUAGAGUUUUGUCCGAUCGUCGUAACGAGGUAAUGGAGCCCAGAAACGCCAGACCAAGCGAUCAGACAAUGUUGCCGCAUUGUCGUCGGUACGUUUUUAUUUCCGAAGCACGCAAUGGCAUUGUUUGUCGACGGCUCACACUGAGGACAUUCGGUGUCACGUUUUUAAUUUGUUUAUAAAAUAGAUCUGUUUCUGCAGGAACAGGUAUGAGGAGCUGAAGAAACAACGCAAGGUUAGUUGUACUGCCUGAUCUUGCCACUUUUAAUAUAUAUUUCGGUACGUUUGUUCACCGCACGGCUUUGUACAGUCCACACAUUGUUGCCACCACCGGUGUUCGAGUACGGGUCGAACCACGGUAACUCAGAUGCACAGAGGUUUUUGUCCUUCGUCCGGUGGUAAAAAAUGGGCUCGGCUGGGGACAGAUGCUUCUCUUUUUUUCGCACCUUUUUGAAGUUUAGAUUUACAAACAUUGCACCGUCGUCCGAAAUGGCGCUUUUGUGUUUUAUGUUGGGUGUGUACAUGUGUGUUGGCACGAGGUUGUGAACGUCCUUUAGUGGCUCGAAUGCUUGAAAGUUGUCUUGGGAGAUAUGCCGAUUUCACCUACCGCUUUGCUUCAUCCCCACAAGGGUGGAGAAGGGUAAGAGUAAUCACUUUAUGAACCCCUGGAGAAAAAUCAGUUUACCCUAUGGCGACUACUAUUCCUUGAAUCUCUGGAAGAGAUGAUGCAACCGAACAAAUGUUUCCAAGAUUUCCAAGAACACGCCUAUGCUUCAGCUGCAUUGUUAUUAAACUAUCCCGAGAACAACUAAACCGCCUGACAAGGGACGAGGACAAUGCGAUGUCAGGCAGCAGCGAAAAGCCCGGUGAAAUCAGUAUUGCAGUAAUUUGAUUGUGCAGUGCACCUCUAAGGAGUUUCGAUUCAUUUUGUUUUUUUAUAAAGGAUCAACGUGCAUACUAAUACCACUAAACAAGCUACGCCUUGGAGACGACACUUCGGCCAUCAUGUUGUUCAAAUAAUGGUUGCCAGUUAUCUAGAGCUUUGCCGAAAAUUGCAGGAAACGCUUAUCUGUCCUCCAGGAACAUUAAAACAAUCCGCGACAGAACAAAAAAAGUCAUCGCUCGAGCUUCUGGGCACUGUAUUUAUUUAAAGCUCGGAAAGGCGCAUUCUCUAAUUGUAACUAUCAGCAAUUGCGCCCGCUCUACACAAGGCAACAAGAUGGUGAUGGCCGCGAGACAAUCUUGGAAUGGAUUGUCGGUACUCUGAUGCACGUCUUAUUUAGUGGCCCUAGCACAAAGCAUUCUCAGCAGGGCUGGUCAUCUUUGUCUCUUCCCCUCUCCAGCUGCAAAACUUGGCGAGGCUUUUGUGUGAAAGUAAUUUCUCAAUCAGAUCCGGAGAACUGAAUGCAACGUGAAUAUGUUUUGUUGGAAAUCUCUACGCUUUGCUUCCCCCUUACGUUUUACCGGGCCGAUGUGCGGUCCAAUUGCAUUUAUGAGUUGGGUCCUCUCCGACGAGAUCUGCCACGACCCGGACAAGCCACGUGCAUUUUGCCUUACAUAAAUACCUUGUUUUGUUUCUAGUCGUGGCGAGAGAUGCAAAUUAUUUAUUUUCGAAGUUAUAUUUUCUUUCUGCUGGAAAACAAGCUUGCUGGGUCUUUCCCUGCGAGUGAUUCAAUACUUAAAAAGAAAUUUUAUGAUGGAAUAAAGGUGUGUGUUUUGAUUCACCCACAA